AUGUCAGGCAAGCCGAUUUUUGUGGCUACGCAUCCGCGAGCAUGCUCGACGGCCUUUGAGCGAGUCUUCAUGACUCAACGUGAGACGAUCCAAUGUGUCCAUGAGCCGUUUGGCGAUGCAUUCUACUACGGCCCGGAGCGACUCUCCAGCCGAUUUGCAGGCGACGAACAUGCAAAAGCACGUCUGGAUAGUGGAUUCGCCAAUUCGAGAUAUAGUACUGUGAUGGAAAGGCUAGAGCGAGAAACUACUCAGGGAAAGAGAGUCUUUAUCAAAGAUAUCGAUCACUACCUGCUGCCACCGAAUGGCCAACCCGCCAGCAUCGCUCCGUCUCUACUGCGCCUUAAGCGAGGAGUUGGCACCAACGGCGAGUCGCACAAGGCCAACGGGGUGAACGGUGCUAACGGCACUGUUUCCACCAAUGGCAACGGAGAUCCGAACGGUGUGAACGGCCACAUCAACAGCAUGAUCAACAGUCACACCAAUGGAACUUCCAAGGAACCCUACCCGUACGACACGUCCACCGAGCCGGGUAACCCAACCGUGAUGCCGCGCGAGCUGCAAGAGGGGUUCCACUGGGCAUUCCUAAUCCGCGACCCGCACUACAGCGUGCCGUCGUACCUGCGGUGCACGAUCCCACCUCUGGACGAGGUGACUGGGUUCCACAACUACGACCCCCUUGAGGCCGGAUACGACGAGCUGCGUCGGCACUUCGAUUAUCUGCGCGAGACUGGUUUGGUCGGGCCCCACGUUGCCACACGUCCGGAGUUAACCGCCUCUCCUGGUGCGCAGGCGACGACUGGUGUCGAGGUUUGUGUCAUCGAUGCGGAUGAUAUGCUCGACGAACCGGUGAAAACCAUCGAGGCUUUCUGUAACAGUACUGGUCUGCCGUAUCGCCCGGAGAUGCUGACGUGGGAUACGGAGGAGGACCAUUCCGUUGCUCGGAAUGCGUUUGAGAAGUGGCGUGGAUUCCAUAAUGAUGCUAUUGAGUCGAAGGCUCUGGUGCAGAGAGCUCCUAACCGUACAAUCAAGUCUGAGGAGGAGUAUGACGCCGAAUGGCAAAAGAAGUACGGUGAGAAGCAGGCUGCUCUCAUCCGCCAGACAGUUGACGCCAAUAUGGCCGAUUACCUGUACCUCAAGUCAUUCGCCAUGAAGGUUUAG